AUGGUAUAUUUUGUUUCAGAAAACCACAAUGUUGCUCGCAGUAAUCGUGACUCCAGAGUGCAUAAAAAGCUGACACUCCCCAAUGUGCCAUCAUCAGUAGAUGAGCUCAAAGAAAUCCUUUGUGACAAACUGAAAAUUGAUCAAAACUUUGUUAUCCAGUAUGAGGACCCUGAUUUUGGUGGGCAGCUUUGCAAUUUGAGUAACAUAGAAGAACUUCCAUCUGAUAAGGUCACACUGAAGAUUGUCUGGGAACUGUUCAAAACUGCAUCAGAAGCAGAACCACCAAGAAAUAAAAGCACAGGGUCUGACAUUGAUUUUACCCAAGACACAACAAGCAUCUCAUCCAAUCUCUCCAGUCCAUCUUCCACAGUCAGGGAAGAGCGUUGGCCACAUGUUUUCCUAAUACCACAUUUCUCCUAUGAUGUAGAGUUCAGACUGAGAAAAGCUAAUGAAGUCUAUGAAAAACAGAAAACUACCAUGGAUGUUACACGAGAUGUCAAGACCGAAAUACUAGAGAGGGUGGCAGAAACAAUGUACUCCUUUAAAGCUUACCCAAGUGAUUCUGAAAUUGAGCAAGUGGCAGUUGCAUUAGUUUCCAGACGUCCAUGUCUAAGAGAACUUGGCUGUGACACAGGAUGCAAGGGCUGGAAGAUGAGCUUAAAAUUUAAAAUGGGAAAUUACAGACAAAAAUUACUCAAUACUGGAUGUAGUGAGCUUGACAAUAGAAGAGAUGAUGGUUCAAGAGUUCCCCAGAAGAAACCAAGAAGAUCAGAAAUCAACUUUCUCCCAGACAAUCCUGUUGGUUUGGAUGAUGCUGCAUUGGAAAAUGAAAGGGAACAUCUUGAGCUUGAAGUAAAAAAAAGGAACAUGGACAUUACAAUACUGAACACCAAAAUGGAAACCACAUUCCCUCUUAGAAGAAAAGAAAUAGUCAAUGAGCAGCCCUUGGUCUCUGUCAUCAAAGAAAGAUGGCCUGGCCUCUUUUUGCAGGAGCAACUUUGCGCAGAGUUUCAAAGGAUCACUUGUGUGGACCUCAAAACGGCUUUCAUGACAUCUCUGAACAAACAUAGCAAUGCCCUCAUCAAAAUGUAUCGAGCAAAGAGUAAAGACCUUGCAGAUGAGAUGAAAAUUAUCCUGGACCAUUUUGAUGAGCAGACAACAAACAUCCUGUCACACAGAUACACUACGGCUCUACGGGGACUCCCCUUGUACCUCAGGGAGCGUGAUGCAAUAUCCAAGACUUGUCUGGACACUGAUUUAGAGGAGACUUAUGCAAGAGGAGUGAAACUGGGCAUCCUUGAAGUUAUGGAGGAUGACAUCUCGCGAGGCAACAAAGAGAUGUCUUAA